CCGCGUGUGGAAUGUAGCAAAAGAUUGUAUUUAGCCAUGAAUGGCGAGCUAUACCUUCUUUUUUGUCUACACCUACAUGGGUCCAGCCGUGAAGUGCAUGGCAGAGGGCACGUCCCGCAUUACCAGUUUUAGAGUUUCUUGCAGUUUCAUUGAAGUAUGGAGCCCGGGAAGAAAGAUUAUUUGAAUACCUCUGUGUGUGCUGUAAUUAUUCUAUUUUUGCCCUCACAGUCCCUACUGUGGGAUAAGGAGGGGGAUAUAAUACAUUCCUAGAGUCGUCAUUUAAAGCCAGUGCUUGAAGCUGUGUUAGGAGACUUUCUCGGAAUGGUUUACGUCUGCCUUCAGAAGUCCACUACUUCAGUUCUUUCAUUAUCUCUGUGUUACUCCCCCAUGGGUCAUCCAUACCUGUGAGCAUUCGUACUGCCCUUCACUUUAUAAGUUCAGUGUCCCCAAUUAGUCUUAUUUGGCACGGGUUCUACAAACGUGAGCAAUAUUCUAGAAUGUCUCGAGUGUGCUGUAAAUCGUGGUUUGACCGUAUAAACAGACGUAAUCAGUGUCCACGACAAGGUUGGCAGUGACGUGUCACAUACGACGCCAGAGCUGCUUUUUUUCGCAUGCUGCCGGUACUAAACAUAAAUGAUAACAAAUGAGAGCCAAGGCGCUUGGCUGUCUGCGCCCUAUCGCACGUGUCCAUUCAAGACGUCUUCGUUUUUAUAUUUCCUUCGGUACUGUGUAUAGUCAAUAUGUCGUUAACACAGGAAGAGUGUUCGAAGAUGAUCUUUUUCGUGCAGCUUGUUGAAAAAAAUCCUUGUCUGUGGAAUCACACAAUGAAAUCUUAUUCAAGGGCAGAUGUGACGAGUUUGGCUUGGAAAAAUAUAGCAACUGAAAUGAAGGAAACUGAACAGAUUUGUCGUGACCGAUGGAAAAACAUCCGCACUGCUUUUGGAAGGUCAUUGAAACCUUUGAAAUCAGGAUCAGGAAGGCUAAAGAAACCAUAUUAUUUGGCCCCCCACCUCUCAUUUCUUCACCCAUACAUGAAAGGGGCUCCUUCUUCUGGGAAUGUAUCUCCACUUGAGGAAAAUGAAGACAACAUGGCAGCUUCAAAUGCAACGCUGACCACCACAGACCAUCAGGAAAUGGAAAGUUGUGAAAUUUCGGAAGAAAUGUGUGAUUUGGUUGAUUGUGAUGUGGUGCUACAAUCAACUCCUCCUAAAAGAAAAGCCGAAGCCAGCAACAGCGAUGCCCAUAAAGUGUAUGCUGACUGGCUGGAAAUUAAACAAUUUAAUGAAAUGAAGAGAAACUGGGCGUCAUCAGCUGGUGAUGCUGACUGGAUGUUUUUUCAAUCCAUCCUCCCUGAUUUCAAGAAACUUAGUGACAGGCGUAGGAGAGACCUGAAAGCAAAAUUCCUGUUGCUUUUGAAUGAGCAGCUGGAUGAAGCUGAGAAUGAUACAUCGUGAUUUUCCUCAUCAUAGACUGCAUCUAAUUAACAAAUUUAUGCCACUACACAGAGUUAAUCAUCCACUGCUACAAGAUCGAUGGUGACGGAUUUCCCCUCAAAUUCGACAAUGCUUCUUGUGAAUACACUUCAAGCAGAAUUACAUUCUACCUUAGGAUAUGGAGCAGCUGUUACUUUUUAACUUGUAACCAUUGUUUACAUUAUGAGGUGACGAAAGUAAUGGGAUAGUGAUGUGCUCAAAUACAGGUGAUAGUAACAUUAUGUACACAAGGAAUAAAAGGGCAGUGCAUUUGCAGAGCUACCAUUUGUGCUCAGUUGAUUUGUACGAAAAGGUUUCUGAUGUGCUUAUGGCCACACAACAGGAAUUAACAGACUCUGAAUGUGGAAUGGUAGCUGGAGCUAGAUGCAUAGGGCAUUCCAUAUCGGAAAUCGAGAAUUCAAUAUUCUGAGAUCCACAGUGUCAAGUGUGCCGAGAAUACACAAACAGUGCCCUGUACUUAAUGACUGAGAGCAGCAGUGUUUGCAUAGAGCUUGAAAACAAAUCACAGCCUGGUGAGAUGAGUCCAAGUUUCAGUUGGUAGGAGAUGAUGGUAGGGUUUGAGUGUGGUGUAGAGACCUUGAAGCCAUGAACCCAGGAUGUCAACAAGGUAUUGUGCAAGCUGGUGGUGCCUCCAUAGUGGUGUGGGCUGUGUUUACAUGGAAUGGACUGGAUCCUUUUGUCCAACUGAAACCAAUCAUUGCUGGAAAUGAUUAUGUUUGGCUGCUUUGAGACCAUUUACAGCCAUUCAUGGUUUUCAUGUUCCCAAACGACAAUGGAAUUUUUAUGGAUGACAAUGAUUCAUGGAAGUGGGCCACUGUUGCUAGAGAAUGGUUUGAAAAACAUUAUGAAUGUUUCGAGCAAAUGAUUUGGACAUUCAGAUUGCCCAACAUGAAUUCCGUCGAACAUUUAUGUGGCAUAAUUGAGGGGUUAGUUUGCGGCAAAAUUUGCACUGGCAACACUUGUGCAAUUAUGGGUGGCUGUAGUGGUAGCGUGGUACGGUAUUUCUACAGGGGACUUCCAGUGACUUGUUGAGCCCAUGCCCCAUCGAGUUGCUGCACUACGCCGGGCAUAAGGAGGUCUGACGUGAUAUUAGGAGGUAUCCCAUGACUUUUGUCACCUCCGUGUAUAUGUACAGUCUUAGAUGUAAAACAUGGCCACCAGCCGGCUGCCACAAGACUAAGUCCAAGUUUUCCACUUAGUCUCUCGUAAAAGUGGCUGCUCCUUAGAAUUCAAAAUCUGCAUGAUCUGGCAACACUGUAAGAUGUGGAAGAGUUUACUCAAGCUGUACAGUGCUGUAUCUGCUAGUGGUCUAGUUGUAAACGUCACACAAUGGAGAUGCAAAGUAGUGAAUUAAAGUUCACUCAUUCCUUUAUUUUUGAACUGCAAUUUGGCUGUCUAUUAAAGGUGUAAGUCUCAUGGAACAUCAAAAAUAAUGUUACAUUUUCUAAGUACCACUAAUAGCAAAACCACAAACAAAAGAGCUCAUCGCUGUGUUGUGAUCAGAGCUGUUUCUGCUACACUUUCCUUGUCCUAAAGUGGCUACUGCCAUUGGGCACCUUUAUGCCAGCUACUGUCUGACCAGCUGAUCAUGGUGCACUUUGGCACAUUUCUGCUUGUACAUUGUUAGCAUAAAAUUAUUUCUUAUUGUUCUUUGAUUUUCCAUGCAGAGUACAUUCAAUAAAUUGAGUGAACACCAUGCAGCUACACAGGAUGCUUAGUUUGCUGUGGGUGUGUUUAUCAAGUAUCAUUUUCUGAUUUAAAGUUCUAGUAUUUAUUGUGGGGUUAUAGAUUGGAAUUUGUUUACUUCAGUCUUAUGGAAGUUGCUUAAGCAUUAUAAAACAGUUGAAGGUGGAAGGAAAAUGCCUAACAUUUGGGACAUGUUGUUCACUUCGGGUUUAAUUGGGGGGGAUUGGGGGUGCAGUGCAACAGAGGUGGAAGCAAAUCAAAACAUUUGUUUCAUGUCUGAGGUGAGUAUAUAACAAUAAUGUCAGGAAAGGAAAGGAUUUUCAUGUUUCAAGAAAGUUCAUUUUCCUGUGAAUGAUUUUCCAUAUUCAGAAAGGCUCAAUAAUUGACAUAUAUGUUGAACUGCAGCAUUUGCAUGCAAGAGGUUGGGUGCAGUGGCACUGCAUGUUCUGAUUCAAAGCAACAAAAAUCAACGGGGUGAAUACUGUUACAUUUGUAUUCAAGUAUCAUCAGUUCGCUCAUUGAACAUUCCUUUGCAAUAUUGGUACUGUGACGAUUUGAUGAUGCCUUUAUGUUAACUUCUAAAGAAGAAAUCAGUGGCUGACCCCCUUAAAAAAAAAGAGAGGGAGCAUUUCCUCGAGGAAAAGGGAGUGUGAACAGAUAAUGUCUUGCAUCUAAUACUAAAUUCACUCGAUAUUUUCUUGCCAUUUCUGUUGAACAGUCGGAGUGACUUAAAAUGUGACAUGGGAUAAGCGAUUUAGAGUUUUGCACCCAGGGAGCAUGCUUCACACAGAAAUUGCAGCUAAUUUCAUGUUUUACAUUGAGGUUUAUCUGUCCUAGCCACCACUGGGAGAAACAAAUGCCAUAGAUCUUUGCUGGCUCAGAGGUGAUGGGGUCAUACUGCAAAAUAAGUGCAGCAUCUGGUCUUGUUUCCAUUCUCAAUGUAGGCCAAUAUUUUCCCUGUUCUGUGACAGAGCCUCCAUCAGCCAGAUUCCAAACCAGUGGGGAAAACUUAAGAAAAUUCCUGCAUCAUAAGUUCUUUCAUUACUUCCAGUACCACAUAUUGUAAGGUUGAAAAAUGUGUGUUAUUGCACAAUUGAUAAUGCCCUUUUCUGCUUCUAUCAAGAUAAUUCUUGGUAUUUGUAGAGACACUAUUUCAUAUGUGAAAUUGUGGUAGUGAAUAGUUUCUUAACUGGACUCCUUCAUUUGUAUACUCCAAAUAUAUAAUUUCCAUACUACUUGAGUAUGACACAGGGUAUCAUGUAAAUUCAGACUGCUUUGAAGACCAAAGUGUGUGCCAGUAAUAUCUUACAAAUUUGUGCUGAUGUUGGUAUGCCUGUUUUACAGAUAAUUUAUUUUUUGAUAUUUGUGUAAGGUUAUAGUUGUAAAUAGUAAUUCAUUUGUACUAAGGCAAUGCAUAUUUUAAUAGCAUUUUUCAGUAGUUUAUUGUACACGAAAAGUAAACAUGGGACAAAUUAACAUCAACAAUACAUAUCUCUUACAUUACAUAAAACAGUCUGGCAGUGCUCAAGUAGUUUACCAGUUGCAAGCCUAUAGAAACUUAAACACUUAAACAAAUUUUAUUAAAUUGAAAGUCCGAUUUUCCACACAAAAUAACUUCAAUAAAUUGAUUGCAAUUACACAACAUGCAUAGUGUUCUACAACUGUAUGCAGAGUCCAAAACGUAGCUGCAUGGCAAAAACUAGAACUUUAAAUAAGAAAAUGGCACUUGAUAAAUACAUUUGCAGAAUCUUAUGCAUCUUGUGUAACUGCACAGUGUUCACUCAAUUUAUCAGAGUUAUUUUGUGUGGAAAAUAACAUUACAAUAAGAACCAAUUUCACAGUAACAAUGUGAGAGCAGAAUAUGGCAAAGUGCACUGUGUCUUGAUCAGAUCAUUGGAUGGCGACUGAUGUGAAGGCACCCGGUGUUGGCUGCCACUGUAGGGCAUGGGAACUCCCAAGCAUUAACUGUUCUGAUCUUGGUGCAGCCACAAGCUGUUUUGCGGAAAGUUUUGUUGUUACUGGUGGGCUAGAAAGUGGAGAAAAUUAUCUUUGAGGUCCCACAAGACUGAUACCUUUAGCAGUAUUAAGAAAAGAGGGGGGGGGGGGGGGGGAGGAGAGGUCAGCAGUGAGUGGAUUUGAUUUCGAUAUUUUUCCGAUACUUUCCGUUAUCAUUGUGCAGCCUUUACUUCUAGACCACCAGCAUUUACAGCUAGAGUAGAAGACUACAUUUCCUCCUGAAACUUCCACAUCCUACAGUGUUGUCAGGUCAUGCAUAUGGUUGUACUUAGAAUUUUCAGGUGCAGCCAUUUCUAUUGGCACCUUAAGGGAGCUCACUCAGUGUCUGGGCGGCUCAGCAGUGAAUAUGUUUUAUGUCUAAGACUGUACUUCAUCAAAUAAAGUGCAAUACUAGGUGGUCUUACUAGAAAUGAACUUUUCAUUGUGGCAUUUUUAAUGUCGCUCACACUUGCAGCAGCUUACCUUAUUGUAAUGGGUAGCUUCUCAGCGGAAGAAAUAGAAGGUCGACAACUUGCGUCUAGCUUCGUCAGCAUUUUAACUUCUAAUGCAAAUGAUUUCUAUUAUUUGAGACAGUGGAUAUAAUAUUAUGGCCUACUCUACACAAACUGAAGUUAUGAGAAGUAGCAGCACUGUGAAGAUGGCCUACUUUACUGGUUACAGGAUGAACAGAUUGAGAGUGUUUGAGCUUUGUAUGCUGAGAGAUAUGCAUAUGUAGACAUCCAAAGAUAGCUGAUUUAUCUAUAAAGAUGCCACACUAUUACUGUAUUCCAGGAUGUUAAAGCAGUUAUGUUCCAGUGGCGAUAAAAGCUACAUCAAGGUGUUCUGGUUCCCAGCAAAUAUGGACACACAACAUUGACUGGCUGAAACCAGUUCCAAAAAGAGACUUGGUUACCUUCCAAGAUAUACAUGGUCUGUGCUAAGUACUGUGGAGAACAGGAGAUAAUAAACUUCAAUAUGUUUAAAGAUAUGCUGAAAAAAAAGCUGAAAUACUGAAAGAGCUGGACUCAAAUGAACAGGUGGCACAAUGCCAAGAUUUUUUGCAGGUGUGCCUCAUUAUUUAAGGACUAGGAAAGAUACAAAUGAAGGAAGACUGAAGUGGCAGAAAGACCUUCAUCAAAUAAAUGAAAAGUGCCUUACAGAAAAAGUGAUUAAAAUAUUUACAGAUCUAAGUGAAAAUGUAGGUAGGAUUAUGCAAAGUGACAUUUGAUGCCAUUACUGUAACUAGCAAUUCAGUAUGUUUCCAUAGGUUAUCAGUGGAAGGAAUUCCAAAAAUUCAAUUUAGUGCAAAAACUGAUAAGUGUAUGUGUGUCAAAGUAUGUGUCAACAAUAGUAUUGCAAGUGCCCACAAUAUGCAAAGAAUACUUGAAAGUAACAAGGUGAGCACAGCUAGAGAACAUUCUGCAGAAGUAUGUUACAGUGGAAAUGUACAGUGAGAGUUGUGGUCAUGAUUGUGUCACAAAACUAAAAGUAAAGAUACUCUGUCAA